AUGCAUUGGAACGACCAGGGAGCACUUGCGGUGUAUGACAGCGCCGGAGCGAAGCAGCUCUUGCUGUUCCCAAUCUCGUUCCUUCGCGCAGAUUGUGGACGCAGAAUUGCUCCCGAGGAGCACGUGUUCUCCGGUGGUGUCAUUUUCAGACGUCGGUCGAGUCCCGCAUCUUCGUCACGGUACCAGGUGGAUGAAGCCGUCCACGAAAGACCGGGGCCAAGAUUCAAGGCAAAGAAUCGCACGAUCGCCGAAGGCGCUGAGGGUAGUACAAUGAGUGAUUCAAAGCGGUCUUCCGCAAAUCAGCAUGUCAUAUCCUUCCGCAAAAUCGGCCCGAGGCUUUUACAGUACUACACAGAGGCUUUCGGCUUCGACCCAAUUUACCUUUUCUCGCCGAGUUUUGGGCUGCUUCUCCGUGACGACAUACAUCAUGCAUUUGAUCGCGGUGAAUGGACUUUGUACGAGAAAGACGACUUCCUUGUCAUCACCUUCUUCGUUUUCAAAGACUUCUCGUUGCGGCAGUUUUACGGCAAUGUCAUCUCGCCGGAUCGUUUCGGAGCAUCCAGAUCGAAGGCUUUUAAGCUUCCACAACCGUCAAUGUGCUAUGAAGCGCUUUCGUGGCACGCUUCAGCGAAUCUCAAGGAGAUUUUGGUUGCAGAAUCCAAGAACCUGUUCCUAAUUACCCCGCACGCUAGCAGGCGAGGCGAUUGGCAGGCAAGGCAAGAUGCUUUAUGCGAAAGUGGGAGCCUUGUUAUGGAAGCGAAAUGGGUGCAGACCGGGCGUCCUGAGGUUUUCGGCGAUUUUGUAGGCACAAGUAGUGGAUAA